AUGUCGAACCAUAAGAUGUCUAGGAGCGAAUACUCCGAUUACAACCGAUCCAGGUGCUACAACCCGAAGGUGCACGUCUCCGGCUGGUACAACAUUCAACACGAUGAUGCCUACAUACAAAGCUACAACCGAAUGCGAGACUUCUACAUGGAGGCGUACCCCACGGAAAGAAUAAACCAGAAGUACCAGAGUGCCAAGGGUGAUGGUGCACGAAAGAACUUAUCCGACAAGAGGGUGAUUUUUUACGAAGAGGGCGGGGCCUGUAAUUGGAUUACCGAAAACAGGCGCGCCUUUAAGGAAGAGAAAAGACGGAGCGAAGAUGUUUGUAAAGCAGUGACAACGGAGUGA